AUGGUUUCCACUCGUCCUAAAAAUGCGACUCAGCGCCCUGGUGAAAUUGUGAAACAAGCUACAAGAAAACGACGCACAGCAAAAGAAAUUGCGGUGGACAAUCAGCAGGCCAGAGAAGCGCAGGAAGCACAGCAAUUAGCCGCCAAAAACGGCAUCAAACGUGUUGCAGAAGUCGAGGCAUUGGUGGAGAUAGAGCAGGCAGGAGUGAUAGCAAAGGUGAUGCCUGUAAAGCCUCGUCCAAGGCCGGUCAUACAGAAGCCAUGUGUCACCAAAGAUACCCCUUCAAAGAGCCGCGACGUGUUAGGAACUGAGACCAGUCUUCAGGCUAAAGGUGACCAUACCUUAAAAGGCGUUGCUGACGAUAACACGGGCACAGAUGGUGAUUGCGAGCUCAAGCUGCCAGUGGAGUCUGAGACCAAGCCGAAGAGGAAGAAGAAAGAGAAUCUUUUGUUAUGCAAAGCUGUCAGCGCCGUGAGGUUGAAGAAGCAGAAUGAGAACUUGAAUCGGCCUGAUGAUCUGAUCAAGGCUGACCAGCCUGGGAGAUCCAUUGAUGGCAAGGCACAUGGCCCUGACAAGAAAGGAAAAAAUGUCAAUACCGAAAGCAAGAAAUUCAGCCUGUCAGGAACAGUCAACAAUUGGCUCGAUAAAUGCAAACCUCAUUCAAAGGGGAAAUCCUCAAACUCCACCCCCAUUACUAGUAGGACUGGAACGAGCGACGUUCCUGGCUCAACAACAGAUUCAAGACUUACCAGAAUAACUUCAGCAAUGACUUUCUCACAGGCAACAGAACCCCCACCUACACCAUCCAAAACUAAACCUAAGGUCACAUGCUCUGAUGACGAUGGCGACUCUGGCGAUGAUGACAAGAGCGAUUCCGAAGAGCGCGCUGUCAUUGUCACAGAAAAAGGAAAAGGAAAGGCUGUAAUGAAGACUGUUAUUGAAAUUGAGAGUGGUACAGAUACAGAAUUUCACACAGCUCCUAUCAUGGUCACCAGCGCGAAGCCAAUUAUCGCGAGUCCCCAGGAAUCUGAUGCUGACAACAGCGAUGUUUUGAGCCUGACAUCCAAGUCAAGCAAUAUUCCUUUCGUCGACUUGCCCUAUGAAAAGCAAGUAGAGAUCGUUAGCUUCGCCUUAGAACAAGCCCCACGUACUGGCAAGAGGAAACUUGAGGAAGUUGUGCGUGAGUUGGGACUUGGAGAUGACUCGAUUGAUUAUGAGGAUGAUGUGAUGGAGUUGGGAUUGGAUAGCCUUAUAGAGCUCAGGGACGACACUAUGGAUAUCGACGACGAGAUUGAAGAUGCUUCUUCCACUGCCAAGAAGGGUUUGAGAGGAACUAACAGUGCUGGUCACACCACUGCAACAACAAGUGUGAUGGCUGUCGAGAAACCGUUGGUCCUGCGGCCGGCCAAGAAGGCUAAAUCAGAGCCAGCUACCCAAACUUUGACGACAAUGACAAAGGUACCACACCCGGCCAAGAAGGUCAAGUCAGAGCCCACUUCCGAAAUAUCAAUGAAACCUGCUGUUCCCACUGUGCCAGAGUCAAUGCUCGCAGACAUGGCAAUCAAACCAGCGGCAGGCAAUGGCCAGUGGCAAAACACGGACCUCCCACCCAUGCUAACAGAGAACG